AUGGACAAUGUUAAAUUAAUUGAGGAACUGCAAUCAGUACUAAAUGAUAUAAAAUCAAGAGGAAUCCAACUAGUCUCAGAUUGCCAGUCUGUGGCAAAAGAAGCCUUUGAAGUUUUAAAUUUGGCUGAUAUGGCGGAGCGAAAUAAGCAAAUAAUUAUGCCUCUUGCUCAACGCGUCAAGAAUCACAGCAUCUGGCUAAUAAACUCGAAUCCUCCAGAAGAAAGCUGCAAAGAUGCUUAUAAACAGUAUAUUACAAUUCUCGCUGAUAUCAAGGAGUACAUAGAAGAACUAAGAAAACCCGAAAAAUUUAGUAAAACAUUCCUCAUAAAGAUUACUAAAGCAUUUAACUUUCAACUACAUCCCCAGUUAUAUCAAGCCCUCGUAAGCUUCAUCGACAAUGUUAUUAUAGAGUUCUGUAAUACACUCAAGCUCAACCACAACGACGUUCUCUACCAAAAUACAAAAGACAUUAUGAGUAUACCUUUAAAUGUCAAAAUUUAUGAUGAAAUAAGUUCAAUUAGAAAAGGUAUUGAUGCACCUGAAUUUGAAUUGAACAAAACAAGACUGAAUUCUGAGCUUUUUUAUGAUGAAGAUGAAGAACCAGAAAUAAGAGGCAAAAUAAAGUGUAAGAUGUAUAUGAGUCAAAAGGUUGCAGUCAAGAAAAUUGAAAAUUACGAUGAGGUUAAGACUGUCGAUAACUAUGUUAUGAUUAUGUCAAAAUUAUCGUUUUGCAAUAAUAUUGAAAAAUUUAUUGGUACUCGUCACACUGGAUACGAAAUUUUUAUCGUUACAGAAUGGGCCGAAUAUGGAAAUCUUGCGGAUUUUCUCCGAAGCGAUAAAGAACUUCCAUGGUUAAAUAGGCUUAAAAUUGCAGAACAAAUUGCUAAUGCCUUAGAAUUUAUUCAUCAAGCGGAUAUUCUUCAUCAUGAUGUAACGAGGCAUGUAGACUUAAUGGUUGGCCUUUCCAGAAUUGAAGUUUUAGCAUCCAAUUACUUUUUAUGGGAGAUCGGAACGCGCAAAAUACCAUUUGAAGACAUCAAAGAGGACACAUUAGUCAGUAGACUCAUAACUGAAGGUCAUCGCCCAAAACCUGACCCUUCCGAUAAUGCACCUGUCGAGUAUAUCGACCUAAUUAAACUAGGAUGGUCAAAUGAUAAAAAUAAACGGCCGACUAUUGUAGAAUUAAGAAAAAAACUUCACAGUUUGACAAAACGAUAUCAAAACAGCUGCGGUCUUCUACCUGUCUCCCACGGCGGCUCGUCGUCAACAUCCACCUCUAAUGAGAUGGAAAUAGAUGAUACAAUAAAACCAUUAAGCGGACAUGGGGAGCACGAGAAAUUUUCAAUUAAAUAUGAGGAACAAGAGCUUCCGCCAAUCGGAGACAUAAUUAAAUUGCAUGGGGAAGGGAAGUAUAAUGAGGCUUUCCCACUAUUCAAACGAUAUGCGACGCUUUCACAUGCAGACAGUGCAAAAGCGAAAUUCUAUUGUGGUUAUUAUUUGCAUGGCGGUAAUAAGUAUGGCGUUCAAAAAGAUGAUAAUGUAGCAAUUGACUACCUACAUAAAGCAGCUGACGCUGGAAUAGUAGAGGCACAAAUAUAUUGCGCAGAAAUAUACCUUUUCUGCAAUAAUGAUUCAGAUGUUCAUAAUGAGAUGCUCGGCCUUAAGUAUUUAAGAAUGGCUGUUGAUCGUGAAAAUCGAAAAGCACUAGAAUAUUGGGCGGAUAUCUUAUAUAAUGGACGACUUGGUCAGGAUAUUAACAUAGAGGAAGCAAGAAAGUAUUGGGUGAAAGCAAUAAAGAAAGGAAGUACGGUCGCAGAAAAAUGGUUAAAGAAAAUCUGA